ACUCACCACGUCCACGGGUUGAAAUAUUUUCUGUCUAGCGCAUCCGAUAGGAUAAGACAGACUAAGUUAUGGCGAAGACUAAACCCUCAGAUCGGAAAUCGAAGAAGGGCGCAAAGAAUGGCUCCUCGAAUGGAUCCAAGAAACCAAAGGCGUCACCCGAAGAGCUAUUAGAACAAGCGGCUGUAUUCCUCCAAACCUCACAACCUGACGAAGCGCUUGUCGCAGCGAAGCGAGCACUCAACCUCCUCCAACCCACCUCGAAACCGACAGCGGCUGUUCUGCCUGCACUCAAUCUCCUCGGCGAAAUCAACGUAGAGUUAGGCGACGCGGAUGGCGCACGGGAAGCUUUUCAGGCAGCAAUCGUCAUUGAUCCAGAAGGCGCGACUGACGGCGCAGAGAAGUUUUUAUGGAUGGCACAGUUGAACGAGGAAGGAGGUGCGGAGAGUAUACGGUGGUUUGAGAAGGGAGUAGAGGUGCUCAAGAGGGAGAUUAGCGAUCUGGAGGGCAAGCUGGUCAAGAAGGCUGACAUUGAGGAGCUCUUAGAGGAGAAGAAGCAAAAGAUUGCAAACUCGCUCUGUGGCAUUGCAGAGGUCUACAUGACGGAUCUAUCAUGGGAGGAGGAGGCCGAGGCGCGGUGCAACGCGGCUGUCACAGAGGCUCUUCUUUUCGCGCCAGAAAACCCAGAACCAUUACAAACACUAGCAUCGAUACGAAUCUCGCAACUACGGCUCGAGGAGGCAAAAUCUGCACUGACACGGAGCAUGGAGCUGUGGAAAGACGUUAGUCCAGACGACCCCAAGGUGCCCGACUACUCGACCCGGAUCAGUCUCUCGCGCCUGCUCAUGGAAGCCGAGAUGGAAGAUGAAGCCAUCGAGGUUCUCGAGAGGUUAGUGGGCGAAAAUGACGGCAGUGUCGAAGCGUGGUACUUGGGCGGUUGGUGCUUGCACUUGUUGGCGGGGAAGCAGAAGACUGAGGCCGAGGACAAGACUGCGACGUCGUUGCUCCGUGCUAGUCGUGACUGGGUGGAGAACUGCCUGAAGCUGUACGCUCUGCUCGAGUAUGAGGACGAGCGACUGAAAGACCAUGCGGAUGAGAUUCUGAAGGAGCUCAACGAUGUGCUCGGCCCGUCUACUGGCGAGGAAGAAGAGGAAGAGUGGGAAGAUGCAGAUGGGGACGGGGAAGAGGACGGUGACGAGGACAUGGCUGAUACGACUGAGCCACCACGGCUGUCCACCUCGCACCCCAUCCGCCGCACCUUUCAGGCCCACGGCACUGCCACUGCGCGGCAUUGGCUGCUCUCCAUUGUCCUGACCAUCACCAUCUCGGUCCUGCUCUGCUACCCAGCUGUCUUCCAAACCAACAGCUCCGCCGCUGCGAGGCUACGCAACAUUCCCCAGCAUGUCUGGACCUCGACGACUCCGGUUGAGGGCGAUCGGCCUGCCGAUGUCGUCGUGCGCCAGGUCUGGGUUCACGGUGACUACAUGAACGCAAUCGACCUCCGGGUGCUGCGCGAAGCCAUCCAUGUCCAGGACGUCCUCAUUGGCAGCGGCUUCGAUGGACAAGGCGGCGCAUACCCAAGCCGACAUGUGCUUGCUCGCGACACUCGAGGAUGCGUCGCGGCAGGGCCAGGCCAAAAGUGGGGCUGGCAUUCGCCCUUGAUGUACUGGAACUGCUCCAUGGCUGCUCUGGAAGAGGAUCGGGAUCUUCUGGCAACCAUCAACGCACACACGAGGAGCCACUCGGCGCUCAACAUCACACUUCGACCAAGCACCGUAUUCGCAGGCAAAGCCUUCUCGAGCACAGAGAUUCGCGCCGCUGACGCCUUGGUCAUCACCCUCAUCGACCAUACCAACUCAAGCCUGGGAGAUGUCUGGGACUCGAGAUCACGACGGCUAGCUGAAGAGCUCUCACCAGAUUGGACCAUCUUCCCCAAAGAUGGCCAAGUCAUGCGCAACCGACUCUACGAAUUCCGCUUUAGACCCAUGACAUUGAGUGAUGAUUUGUUCCUGGCCGCGUCCUAUUUUGUUACAGCAAUAUACGUCAUAUGGAGAAUGUCGCAGCUCCGCGCUGUCAAAAGUUGGUUUGGGCUGCUUAUUACGAUAUGUGCCAAGAUGACUACAUGCAUCAUUGCCAGUUUCACACUUUGUACACACCUCGGGAUCGAUCUAACACGCAUACCUAGACCAUGGUUCCCUGCCGUGGUUUUUUGUUUCGGCCUCGGCAACAUAUUUCGUUUAAUAAAUGUCGUCCUGGAGACACCACCGGAGAUGCCUCCACAUCAGCGUAUCGGAAAUGCAUUGGGGGAAGUCGGCCAUCUAUCUCUUGCGAUCGCGUUCCAGAAUCUCGCUUUGAUCUACCUCUGCUCGCGGCUUGUCGCCCCAUGGGUCGCCGAUUUCUGUGUGUUCGCAGCGGUCACACUCGUAUUCGAUCUCGUUUUCCACUUCACUUUCUUUGUGGCCGUUUUAAGUGUCGACGUACAACGCAUGGAACUGUCCGACUCUCUGGGGCGGAUAGAUGUCAGUCAGACAAAGAAAAAGAACCGUCAGGAUCGCAAAGUAUGGCUUGCUGCAUUGCGAAAGGGCACUUUACCACUCAGUACGCGUUUUGCGGGGACCGUCGCCAUUUUCUCCAUCAUUCUGGCCAUCAACUGGCACUUCUUUGACAGCAACGACAAGCAGCUGUCCUUCAAUAACCUCCGUCAGACGUUCUUGUCCAGGAGGCGCAAACGAAGCAAUGACAUUUCAUGGAAUCCACCUCCAUUCAACCAAGCUAGAACCCCCGCCGAUUGGCUGAGGAUCCAAGAUCAUAACACUGCCCGGGAACUCUUUAACUUCAUCAAACCUGGUGCUCAUAGCUUUAUAGCUCGAAUUUACGACCCACUCUUAGUAGUAUUAAAAGGGGCGCAUGGCCGAGACCGACCUCAACCACCGACCUCCCUACUCGAUGGUCUCCAUCGUUUCGCCCAAGGACACGCCUUCCCUGCCGCCCUGCUUGCCGUCUCUCUAAUCGCUGCUGUCACUUUACUCAUGAACUACCUUCUGUGGACUGGAGUUCCCGAAGCUGAGGAUGACAAUGAGGACGAGGAGAAUAGAUUCUCUGUCAGGACAUUACCAACGCCGCAUACGCUAGACGUCGUUCGUUUAGCUUCCUCCACGAUGAAACCAAAGCUUUGGCCCAUAUAUGCAAGUGCUAUGGACGACGGUGGAACACUGCUCGCCCUGUGUGCCGAUACCGGUCAGAUCGGGCUCUGGGGCAUAUCUGCCUCGCGUUUCCUAAUGUUUCCGAAAGUCGACCUCCGAAGACAAGUGCCCAUCCUGUUCGCAUUCGUCACGCUUACCACGCGUACGGAUGUUGAGAAAAUAUGUCUCAUGAUCGUCAGCCCAGACGGUUACUUGACCGAGCUGGAGGCACGCACAGGCAUACAUCGUACUAAGCGGAUAAGUUCGAGUCCAAUUAUUUGCGCCACGCUCUAUACCUGCACCAAAGGUGACAAUAGUCUCGUCUUUGUCACAGCGCCUGGAGAAGUGCAUAUAUUGUCCUUGAAAGAGAACGGUGAUUCGACGACAGAGGUAGUCGCUGGCCUUGAUCCUGGGCCCCCACCAGGCAGCAACCCUGCGAAAAUUAAAUGCAUACAAGGUGUACCUAGCCUUGGGCUAAUCUUUGCACUUCGCAAUGAAGAGGCAGAAGUAUUUGACUUCACCAGCCGAGCGCUGAUUCACUCCUUCCAGAUCGGCCACAUCAAACCUCACUCUUUCAGAGUCAUGCAUUCGGCACGACGCUUGUGUCCUUGCGGUGCGCCUGCCAUACACACACUAUCCGUUGCAUACGCCGAGCAAGACACAGAUCAUGUGAUUAUGCAGACGUUCACGCUUGGCGACACGGUCACUUCGCAGAUCUGCCUGGGGAAAGCGCCCGACAGAGAAAAAUGUCACGGGAUGGAUCGCGCAAAGGAGGCCGUCCAUUAUAUUGAACCGGCCGGCGUCUGGGAAUCCACAAAUGCACUCAGUGUUGUCGGAAUCAGGAGAUGCAUACGUUCGCCAACGCCAUCGUCGGCAGAGUCUGAUGAUAGCGAUCAUACCGCUGACCCGUCCGCUGUUGUCUCUGCUUUGAAGCAGCGUGCCCGAAAACAACCCAUUUCAAAUGGCCUGUUUAGAUCUCUCGAUGCCGCAUUUACCGGCCGCAACCAUACACGUCCUUCAGCCAUCGAUGUUGAUACAUGGGAAGCAUGGACUCUGUCAUGUACAGGCGAGUUUCGCUCACGGCCGCUUGGGCCGGACGACCUUGAGGACACCACAGUCUCCUCACUUGAGGACGAUCUUUUCGUAGCAGCUCCUGGGCCGAUCUCCAAACUGGGCAAGCGGAGUAUCGCUGUGGGAUUUGGCAAUACAGUCAAGAUCAUCACCCUGGGCAAGGAGUCGUUCGAUGGCUUGACAAAUACCGAAGAUGGGAUUGGUAUAGGGUCGUACAAAUGGAGAGCUCGCAAGGGAAACGGGCGGAAAUUUCAAUGA